AAAAGAAUUAAAGCACGAGAAUCUUCUUCAGCAAGUUGUCUUCAGUGUGAAUGCGACAUAUUCCUACUCCGCUGAGUCUUAUAAAAACGUUGAUGCUAAGCUGAGAAUAUUAUCAUUCACUUAGUUACGUUCAAAACGUACAGUUGUUAAAUUUAUUUAUAAUAAUUUGUUUAUUAAAUAUUUAAUUUAAACAAAAUGAAAUUCGUUUUAUGCCUUGCCGUCUUUGUAUUGGGAUUAGUUGCCUUCAGUGAAGCAGCUAUUGCUAGAGCCGUCUUCAAAAAUUCCGAUUAUCCCGGCAAAUGCGUGAUCGAUGCUAACACCGUGAUGUCACCGGGUCAAACCGGUAAAGCACCAAACCAUCCAUGUGCCGGUGUGACUUGCAUGGAGAACUCACACGUUGAAUUCAAAACUUGUGCCGCCGUGGCACCACCAAAAGGCUGUAAACUACGUGAUUUUGUCAACACUAACCGUUCCUAUCCCGAGUGCUGCGAACGAUCCUACGAUUGCAAUCGCAGUUUUGAAUCGAAUAUGACAUUCGCUGCGGAUAACCCACUGAAGAAAUUCAAAUAUUUCAUCAUUUACUUCUUAGUUUUGUUUAUGAGUAACUAUGUUGCUGGUUGGGUCGCUAGUGGAUUCUAUUAUAAUGAUUCUUACCCUGAACUAUGUUACAUCAGUGAAGAUUUCAUUUUAGAACCAGGUGAAACAGAAAAAAUGUCCAACUCAUGCUCCAUGAUUAGGUGCAUAGAUGAAAGCGGUUUUGCAGAAAUGUACGGAUGUGGCGCUGUUGCUCCACCCACUAAUUGCAAAUGGGGUGAUUAUAUUAAUAUUGAUGCACCAUACAGCGAAUGCUGUGCCAAAGAAGUGGUCUGUGAUAAUCCAGCAGAUAUGGAUGCUGCUUUGGAAUAUCAAAACACUAUUUACGAGAUGUUUAUAAAAGCAACGUAUUAAAAUUUUCAACAUCAACAUAUAUAUAAAUU